AUGCUUGAUUAUGUUAGCCAACGGUCCUUACCGACCAUAUCAAAACCAAUACAAUUUGUUCGUAUAAUUUCCAUCGCUUUUAUGUUUCUUAGCUCAAUGUGUUUAUGUUUUCAUGGCUUUGAUUCACAAUCAUUUGCAAAACCAUCAUUACACGAAGUUUUUAAAGCUCGCAGUGCACAUCAGACAAAAAGAUCACUACGUAUUAUAUAUUUUCGUGAAUUCGACAUGACUAUUGAUGAAAAUCGUUUAAAAAAUGAUGUUAAAAAUCUUACAGAAUCAUAUGAAAUCGAUUUAAAAAUCAAAGUCUUUAAUCAAUCAACAUUAUUAUUGAGUGAAAAAUUAUGUUCAUUGAUAGCCCAAGAAAAACGUGAUACAAUAAUAAUAGCAGAUCUAUACACUAAAGAAAUUGAUUUGAUAUCUCGAUCAUUGAAAAUGCCAACUAUUGCUACUACAAACAGAUAUCAAAUCGUUCAAGGCAAACAGCAUAACCCGUAUUUAUUUAAAUUAAUGCCAGAUGCUGUAGAAGAAGCAAAGGCAGUAGCGUAUGCUUUAGAUACGCGUUCAGUUUAUACUCGAAUAGCUUUAAUUUAUGAUAUCUCAAUUGAUAUGGUUGAAUAUCGUUUAUCAUAUCUUCGUCUUACUAAACAACAUAUUAUUUAUCGAGCACAUUUACCGCGUAUAUCACUUUUAUAUGAUUUGAAUCAUCGAGCAGCAAAGAUUAUUGCUGAUUUAAAAGAAAUAAAAAUUGAUCUUAUUUUGUGUAUAAUGUCAACGGAACGUGAAUUACAAUUUAUUCGUUUAAUAAAAAAAAUGAAUAGUGCAUCAGAAAUGAAUUUAUUAUUAAAUAAAACAAGUUGGUGGUUCGCUUCACGUCUUGGUGACAUACAUAAUUCAGCGUAUCUUCCAAAAAUUUACACGGCAAACGAAGAUCGUCGAAGAUUAUUAGGUCAAUUUGAAAGUUCAAGUAUAAAAGUUUUAUUACAUGCUGUUAUAAGAACAUAUAUUCGUAUACCAAUAUCAUCACUAUCUAUUGGUGCAGGUAAUUGUGCUACUCAACAAAAUACAAAUCAAUUAAGAAAGACAGAUUUGUUUAUUAAAUUAUUUACAAAUUUUACUGAAUGGAGUUGUGAGAUUCGAAUUGGUUCUGGCGUUGAUCCAAUUCUAUUUGAACCUGAUACUCUUGUAUGGCGUGUUCCGACAAUCUUCUGGGUUCAUACAGAACAUACAUGUCAGGGCAUGCUAUUCCGCGUAUUCUAUUCAACAAAUAAUAAUGCUGAACAAUUAUUUCGUUCAUGUCGUCCUAUAAGUGUAUCAUCCCGUAAAAGUUCCACAUCAACACAGUCUGAUAAUUCAAGUACAGUGAUAUCAUCAUCAAAUGCUCUUGUUGAUAUAAAAACUUAUCAUCAAAUGUUUGGUAAAUUAUCACAUGAUUCAAAAACUGAUUGUCGAUAUGUUCAUAUUCAAACACCAUUACAAACACCAGUUAUUGUUGGUGUCGUUGAACCACCAUAUAUAUUCAUAUCAGACGCUGAAAUUUCAUCAGAAUUUCAUUGUAAUUAUGGUAUACAUUGUUAUCAAAUCGAUCCAUUAGGGAUUAAUUUUACAACCGAUGCACUUUUUUUCCAUUCAAAAAUGACUACGAAACCACAUUGUUGUUAUGGAAUAUCGAUUAAUCUUUUGCUACGUUUUGAAGAUUCAAAAUUAGUUAUACCAUUAAAAGCAACAAAAUUGUUCGUAUUUUUGGAUAAACCAAAUAAAUGGUUAGCAUUAACACAAACAUUACAAAAUCGUCGAGCACACUUAUCAAUAUCAGCAAUACCAUAUGAAUCUUUUUUAGCACGUGCAAUUGAUUUAAGUCCACCAUUUUAUCAUUCAUCAUAUGCUAUUCUAACUGUACCAACAACAACAGGACCAUCGUUAGGCGCUUUUUUACAGCCAUUUUCGUGGACAACAUGGUGUAUGAUAUUUUUAGUAUUAAAUGUUACUGCUUUAUUUGAAGUUUUUUUUGAAUGGCAUAGUCCAUAUGGUCUAACACCAAGAGGUCGUCGGCGACAUAAAAUAUUUAGUUUAGCAUCAGCGUUAACACUUGGUUGGUCAGUUAUUUUUUCACAUACAUUUAAAACGAAAUCUCCAAAAUGUUGGUCUAAUCGAUUUUUAGGCAAUGUGUGGGGUGGAUUCGGUAUUGUAUUCAUUGCUAUUUAUACUGCUAAACUAGCUGCAUUUAUGGUUGAUACUGGUCGAACACAUAGUGCGAGUACUAUUCAAGGCAUACUUGAUGAUUGCCGUAGCAUGCCUCGAUGUACUGUCGGUGUUGUUGCAAAUACAAGUGAUGAAGAAUAUUUAAAAAGAUUUCAUUCAAAUACACUUUAUCGUCAUAUUCAAUAUGUAUCAUCUUAUGGUCAAGGUAUUGAUUUACUCCGUAGUCAUGUCAUAACAUAUCUUCUUAUGGAUCAUUCAAUGGCAAGAUAUUAUUUAACACGUGACGUUUUCAAAUUGAUUCGUAUGAGUGACGAUAACUUUGGUACAUUUGGUUUAUCAUUAGCCUUUUCUAAAUUUGAAACAGACUUAAAAGAAAAUAUAACAAAUAUUUUAUUAUCUUAUGUUGAUAAAGGCAUUAUACAACGUCUACAUGAUGAUUGGUAUGUGUAUGAAAAUUGUGAAACUAAACUAUUAAAUGAGAAUCGAGUUUUAUCUGUUGAUCGAUUUCUUGGUGUUUUUAUACUCUUAAUAGCUGGUAUGCUAGUUGGAUUCUUGAUACUUCUACUAGAAUGGUUGAUAUUUAAAUUUGCUAUACCAUAUUGGCGAAAACGACAGUGGCCUGGCUGGCUAUUCUUGUCUCAACGAAUGUACGCCGUAUUAAAUGUAUCAAAUGAUCUAUAUAACAAAACUUAUGCUACACAAAAAUAUAAUUCAUUUACACUUAUUGGAGAACGGCUUCAUAAUUACUCUACUCGACGUGAUAGUUUAGAUUUGCAUGUUGUUGAUGUUCCAAAAUUAUUAACGACAACCUAUCAAUUGAAAGAACGAAUAAAAAUUAUGAAUCAACAAGAGCAACAAAUGACGUGUAUUUCUCCGAAUGGUGAUUUACGAUCGAAAAAAGAAAACUAUGAAAAAGUUUUUAUUCAAAGACGUAUCAGAGAACUUGAACAAGAAUUAAAACAUUUGAGAUCACAAUUAAUACCCAAUUCAUCACCAGAUGACCUGUAA